AAGAUACUUGAAGUCAGUUGAAGGAAAAGGGAUGUUUUUACUUGCAAAUUAUUGUACUAAACAUAGGCAUGUGACUUAUCUCAGCCCUUUGUGUUUCCUCUAUUCAUGUGACUUAUGGUUUAGGUUACUCAGAAGAAAAAACUCAACAUUUCCAAAUUGGCUUUGUUUCAGUGUAUAAUUAGGAAAUGGUGAAAUAAACCAAUGUGACUGUAGCAUAUACAAGAUGGUUUAUACUGUUCUUCAACUGAUUUGUAGGACAGCUGGCCUCUCCUCUUGUCCUGGAGGACUGUAUUUUCUCUUUUAUCCAGAGGUGUGAAGAGAAAUCUGAAAGAUGUCACCAGCAAAGACAAAGAAACAGAAAGGUGUAAGCAAAGCUAAGAAAUCCCCGAAGGGAAAAGAUCCUGAUGAAAAAGAUGAAGUUGAUCUUUCUAUGGCUAGUAUAGGCCACCCAGAAAUCUUUCCUUUAGUUCUCACUACACAGACCCAAGCAAUUUUCAAUUGCCGAGUUGAUGAAGAUGUCACAGAAGAAAAUUGUUUCAAAAUCAUUAAAAAAGAGGACAUCAUUCAGGACCUGAAAAGAAGAGCUAAAAUUUCUGAUUUUUACCCUAUCAAAAAUGUUAUCCUGGAAUAUCCAGGAGAAGAACUUUUGGUAGUUUUAGAUGCAAAUUUCCAGUAUGGACAGAACUUUUACCUCGUUGCUUCUGAGGAAGCCAAGGAAAACCUUCUGAAGCCUCCAGAAACUGCAGAAGAAAAACAGGAAGAAAACAAAAAAGAAGAACAAAACACAGAGGAAACUCUAGAAAUCCAACCGUACAGGCCUCCUGUCCAAAAACCUUGGGUUUCUCUUGGCAGUGAAAAGGAAGUUGAAGAAGAAUCUGUUAAAGACACUGUUACAAAGAUUAAGUAUAUGAUUUCUCGAGUACGCAGGAAGUUCGGUGCACCAAUUACAUUUACUGAUAAGAAUGCUUCAGAUGUAAAAGACAGUUAUGUUGAAUGCACAUCCUAUCAAGACAAAACUUUCAGUAUUAAAAUGCUUGUAAAAGAUGUGGGCAUACAAAUGGUUCCAAAAGUAAGAGAAAGUAGUACUCAGACAAAAUGGACCUAUCCAAAAAAUGCAGCCACCCAGUAUUUUCCCAGACAGUUGUCAGAUGAAGAGAAAGAAGAGUGUCUGUCUUCUGAGAAGCUGAAAGAAUUUCUUACGUCAGUACAUUUAAGAAUGGAAAUUGCACUGCAGCAAAAUGAAAUUAUAAAUCCUUUUUUUGAUGACUGGAAGGCCCUAGCAGAAGUUGAAAGCAGUUCUGGUGUCAAGCCAGAUAUUUAUCUUCAAGCGUACCAAUCACUUACAGAUCUGCGCUAUCCCAAGGACAGAACUAUUAGCUGUGUUUGCUGGCAUCCAAACAUCGAUGGGAUCAUAGCAGUGUCAGCAAGACAGAGGCUUUCUUACGAAGAACACAUUAACCUUUCUGACAAGUCAUUGCUGCAGCAACCAGCAAUACUUUUCUGGAGUGUUUCUGACCCUAUCCAGCCUCAGCUACUGUUGGAGUGUCCUGAAGACAUCUACUGCUUUCAGUUCAGUCCAAGCAACUCAAAUAUCAUUGUGGGUGGCUGCAGCAAUGGACAGGUUAUACUGUGGGAUAUUUCUGAACAUGAAGAAAAGCUGCAAAAUACAAAACCUGAUGCUGAUGGAAAUGAGGUAAUAGCUGCACCAGCUAUGGCAGAUCAGCAGAGCAUCAGAGAGCCACCUCUAGUGAAACACUGUGCGGACUCUCCCAUAGAGCAUGCUCAUAAAAAACCAGUAACAGAUAUAAUUUGGCUGCUAAAUUAUUUUCAGGACAACCAAAUGGGUGCUGAUUCUGACAACAGAGCUGAGAUUCCUGUGCAGUUUGCAACCUGCUCCCCUGAUUGCUCAGUAUUAUUUUGGGAUAUUCCAGACACCAAACUUUCUGAAAAAAAUUUAUCUAAGAAAAUAACAGAUAUGAACACGUUUUAUAAACCCCAAGGUGGUCCGGAUACUUCUAAGCAUCUAGAUCUCUCCUGGAAACCUCUCAUAAAGAUAAACCUGUGCAAAAGUGUCAUCAACCAAGAGUAUGGUUCCACCAGGAUUAUUUUAAGGGUGCUGCACUGCAAUUUCAAAAGCUCAGAGAGGGUGUCUGCCAGAGAGAUGAGCAGAAGUCUGAAAGGGAUAAAGGAUAUCUCCACUGAUUUUUUUGUUGGAACUGAGGAUGGAGAAAUUGUUUAUUCUGACUGGAAAAUUGAAAUCAAGAAUGACUUCCCAAUACCAUUUAAUCAGAAGCACACUCAGAAAUAUGCUGUCCACACUGAAACUAUCAACACUCUGCAGAGAUCUCCGUUUUUUAAAGACAUCGUUCUAAGCAUUGGAGGACGGAAGUUUGCCAUUUGGAAAGAAGAGGUUACAUAUGGAGCGAUCCUUCAGUCAAGCUGCUCUUCAGGAAGAUACACUGCGGGACGAUGGUCCUUAACAAGACCAGGAGUUUUCUUCAUUGGCAGAGAUGAUGGAAAUGUAGAUAUUUGGGACUUACUGAAGAAAACUCAUGAGCCAUCUUAUUUCCAGAACAUCUCCAAAUCAAAGAUCACUUUCAUCAGCCCCUGGAUUGCCUCAUCAAAGCAGCACUUUUUAGCAGUGUCUGAUGAUCUUGGAGUACUGCAUAUUUUGGAAAUCUGUCAGGCUCUAAGUGACCCCUUGAUGAAUGAGCAUGACAGCGUACUUGAUUACUUUGAAAGAGAAGUCAAAUAUCUGAAGUACUGUGAACAAGAGUUUCGAGAGUAUCAAGACCUUCAAGCCAAAACAGAACAGAAAUCCAUCUGGAAGCACAAAGGAAGAAAACAAGUAUGACUACAUAAAACAGAAGAGAUGAAGGAACAAGAAAAUGCAGACUGUAUGUGUUUCUGGACUUGAAGCAGAUACUAAUGGAUUUAGGACUAGAAAAGGGGCAAGAAAUACUUUCAUCAUCAGAUGCUUAGAGACCAUUUGGAAUCAGCCAGCUUUUUAUUUCAUGACCUCUUUAUUGCACCAAAACGUGUUCAGCUUCAGAAAUAAAGCAUUUUGCAGUUA